AUGAAAGAUGUGUACCGUUACACGUUCGGCUACGCAAAAAAUAAGGACCAGAAAUGCAUGGAUGUAGACGUGGCAUGCGUGCUAUGGACAAUGAUGAUGGGACAGCAAUUUCCGAUCGUAUCGGAUUUCGUCCAGUUUUUGCAGGAAAAGAAGCCUGUCAAAGUGAUCAAUCGCGACCAAUGGCACAGCUUUUUAGAGUUUAUUUUGACGGUGUCGAGCGACCUGUCAGAUUAUGAUGAAAUGUCCGCAUGUAAGGCUGGGGUUUGCUGUUGUUAUAAAGACGGUGAAAUUGAAGAAGAAACUGACUGGAGCUUGUUGUUGUUGUUGUUGGGGAUGCUUCCUUCCAGGGCCGGUGCUUUUGGAUGA